CAUUUCGAGUUCCUUCACCCUUGAGAGUCAAAACUUCGAAGGAGAAAUAAAAGUCAGAGUCUGUCAGCGCAAGGAAGAGAUGCAUCGUCUCGUUAUUCGCAACUAUAUCGCAGCGCUUGUCGCUCCGAUCCUUCUCUCUGUGCUCGCGUACAAGCUUCUCGAUAAGAGGAGAGCAAGCGCACACAGAAAAGCGGAAGACCCGAACCCUGGGGCGCCUGCUCUGUUAAUCCUGCCAAUUCAAAGCCAUUACGACGUGUUCUUGAGCUUUAGAGGCACCGAUACUCGCCGAGCCUUCGCCGAUCUCCUCUACUGCUGCCUCGUCGAUGCCGGAGUCCAUGUCUUCAGAGACGAUGGUGAGCUCCGCCCAGGCGAGGACAUCGGCCUGGAAUUUGUGGAAGACAUUAAGAACAGUAAGAUUUUGAUCCCAAUUAUCUCCGCGAAUUACGCUGCCAGCAAAUGGUGCCUUGACGUACUAGUUCAAAUGAUGGAGUGCAAGAGACGGUUGUUGCCCAUAUUCUACAAAGUGGAACGCGCGGCUGUGCAGCAUCAAGUCGGUAGUUUUGGAGAGGCAUUUCGUUAUUAUUGUAACUGGAGGCGUUUCGACCAAAGGGUUGUGGAGGAAUGGAAGCAAGCGCUCGAAGAAGUCAGUCUCUUACAGGGAUGGGAAUCAGAGAAAGAUGCUGAUGGGCAUGAAGGAGAAUUGGUAAAAUUGGUCGUCCAAAAAGUUUUGAAAGAGUUGAAGACAGGGGCGAUGCUGUUGUAUACUAUGGAGAAUUUGGUCGGAAUUGAUAGUCGUGUGGAGAAGGUUAUGGAAUUGAUAAAUAAGAGUUCUAGUGAGACUCUAUGUGUGGGAAUUCAUGGAAGGGCUGGCAUUGGUAAGACCACUCUUGCUAAAGUCAUCUACAACAAGCUCUUAAUUCUAUUUGAGCAUCAUAGCUUCAUUGCGGACGUUGGAGAAUUAUGUAACCAAAAAGGUAUUGAGCACUUGCAAAGCAAGUUAAUCUUUGAUAUACUGGGAAAAGAUUAUCAGUUGCAUAAUAAGGAUGAUGGAAUUAACUUUAUCUCAUCCAAGUUUAAAGAUAAGAAAGUCCUAAUUCUUCUUGAUCAUUUGGAUACAACUAAUCAGUUAGAGGCUUUGGUUGGAAAUCCUAACUGGUUCGCACCUGGAAGUAGGAUCAUUAUCACCACCAGAGAUAAGAGUGUUCUUGAUAGGGGUGGAGUGGACACCACAUACGAGCCUAAGGAAAUGGAUGAGAAGCAAUCUCUGAUCCUAUUUUCUAGACAUGCAUUUCGAAGAGACUCUCCUCCAAGUGAAUUUUCUACUCUCUCUCGUCUUGUGGUCUCUACAGUAGGAGGGAUUCCCUUAGAUCUGGGGGUUGUAGGUUCAUUUUUGUGCGGAAAAACACAAGCAAUAUGGGCAGAUACAAUAGAGAAGAUGCAAAAUUCGGCUCAUUGGGCAGUGCGAGACACGUUGUGGAUGAAUUAUGAAGCAUUGGAGGAUGAUACAAAACAAAUAUUUCUGGAUAUUGCUUGUCUUUUAAUUGGGAAUGAUGCAAGAGUUGCAUCCUACAUGUGGGAUGCCUGCGGCUUUUAUCCAAGGGUAGGAAUUGAAGUGCUGAGAUCUUUGUCAUUCAUAAAUAUUGGCGAUAAUCAUGAGCUCGGAAUGCAUAAGCAAGUGAGAGAUCUUGGUAGGGAAAUUGUGCGUAGAGAAAACUACAAACCUCACGAACGUAGUAGAUUGUGGGAUUACGAGGAAGCCAUGGAAGUGUUAGAGGGAAAUAAGGGUACUAAUAUAAUUCAAGCCAUUUGUUUAGACAAAGGCAACUCAAAGAGAAUUGCUGACGAAGGCAACUCAGAUGAUAUAAUUGGUCAAGGGAGCUGCGAAUUUACGGGUGAACAAUUUAGAAACUUACCGAGCUUGCGGUUACUUCACAUGAGUGAUGUGAAUAUUACUGGAGAUUUUAAUGAAAUAUUUUCCAAGUUAAGAUGGCUCAAAUGGGGGAAGUGUCCCCCAACUUUCGCAGCAAACAACUUACAUGUAAGGGAAUUAGUCAUACUCGAUUUGUCAGGAAGCUCGAUUUCAGAUGACUGGCAAGGAUGGCGUUCAAUGAUGAUGGCAGAAAAGCUGAAGGUUCUCAACCUUAAAGGUUGUUGUUCUUUAAAAAGUACUUUCUACCUCUCCGCUUUUAAAAGUUUGGAGAUUUUGAUCCUCAGAGAUUGUGACAAAUUAGAGCAAAUUGAUCCUUGUAUUGGAGACGUGGAGACUCUCGUUUCCCUGGACUUGAGUGGAUGUACGUGUCUUGUGAAGCUGCCGCCUCAAAUGGGUAAACUAGAACAUUUGAAGGAACUUCUUCUAGAUCAAACUAUGAUAAAAGAAAUUCCUUCCUCCAUCGGUUAUCUACAAAAGCUAGAGACGCUUAGUGUGAAGGAUUGUAAAUUAUUGCUCGAACUUCCGGACUCGAUAGACCAUUUGGAGAAUUUGCGGUGCUUUUUAUUGGGACGCUGCCACCAACUGAGAAAGAUCCCCAAUUCAAUUGGGAAGUUGGCAUUUCUAACUCAAUUGGAUUUGUCGUGGACGAUGAUCAAGGAAUUACCUGAAUCGAUAGCGGAUUUGCAAAAUUUGGAUGUUCUGGAUAUUGGUCAUAGUGAUAUAGAAAAGCUACCGGAUGGUAUUGGAAGGUUGAAGAAGCUAGGGAUGCUUAGUGCCAAGGAUUGCAAAUUAUUGCUCCAUCUUCCAGACUCAAUAGGCCGUUUGGUGAAUUUGCGAUGCUUAUCAUUGGAACGCUGCCACCGAUUGAGAGAGAUCCCCAGCUCAAUUGGGGAGUUGAAAUUGUUGAGUCAACUGAACUUGAGUGGCUGUUUGUGUCUUGAGGUGCUACCGUCUCAAAUGGGUAAACUAACACAAUUGAAGGAACUUCUUCUAGAUCAAACUAUGAUACGAGAAAUCCCUUCAUCCAUCGGUUGUCUAAAGAAGCUAGAGGUGCUUAGUGCCAAGGAUUGCAAAUUAUUGCAUCGACUCCCAGACUCGAUACGCCAUAUGGUGAAAUUGUCGACCCUUGUGCUAUCAGGCUGUGUUGAGCUUGCGGCACUUCCAGACAGCGUUGGGUUCCUUGUGAAUCUGCGGUGCUUAUCAUUGGGGCAAUGCCACCGAUUGAGAGAGAUGCCCAACUCAAUUGGCAAGCUCAAAUUGUUGACUCAACUGGACUUGAGUGGAUGUUUGUGUCUUGAGGAGCUGCCGCCUCGAAUGGGUAAACUGGAACAAUUGAAGGAACUUCUUCUAGAUCAAACUAUGAUACGAGAAAUUCCUUCCUCCAUCGGUUCUCUAAAGAAGGAACUUCUCCUAGAUCAAACUAUGAUACGAGAAAUUCCUUCCUCCAUCAGUCAUUUAAAGAAGCUAGAGAGGCUUAGUGCCAAGGAUUGCAAAUUAUUGCAUCGACUUCCGAACUCAAUAGGCCGUUUGGUGAAUUUGUCAACCCUCAUCUUAUCAGGCUGUGUCGAGCUUGCGGUACUUCAAGACUGCAUCGGGUUGCUUGUGAAUUUGCGUUGCUUGUCAUUGGGACGUUGCCACCGAUUGAGAGAGAUCCCCAACUCAAUUAGGAAGUUGAAACUGUUGACUCAAUUGGACUUGAGUGGAUGCUCGGGUUUGGAGGAGCUGCCUCCUCAAAUGGGCAAACUAGAACAAUUGGAGGAACUUUUCCUAGAUCAAACUAUGAUACGAGAAAUGCCUUCCUCCACUUGUCAUCUAAAGAAGCUAAAGACGCUUAGUGCCAAGGAUUGUAUAUUAUUGCGUCGACUUCCGAACUCAAUAGGCUGUUUAGUGAAUUUGUCGACCCUUGUCUUAUCAGGCUGCAUCGAGCUUGUGGCACUUCCAGACAACAUCGGGUUCCUUGUGGAAUUGCAGUGCUUGUCAUUGGGACACUGCCACCAAUUGAGAGAGAUCCCCGACUCAAUUGGGCAGUUGAAAUUGUUGACUCAACUGGACUUGAGUGGAUGCUCGGGUCUGGAGGAGCUGCCUCCUCAAAUGGGUAAACUAGAACAAUUGGAGGAACUUCUCCUAGAUCAAACUAUGAUACGAGAAAUUCCUUCCUCCAUUGGUCACCUAAAGAAGCUAAAGACACUUAGUGCCAAGGAUUGCAUAUUAUUGCGUCGACUUCCGGACUCAAUAGGCUGUUUGGUGAAUUUGUCGACCCUUGUCUUAUCAGGCUGCGUCGAGCUUGUGGCACUUCCAGAUAGCAUCGGGUUCCUUGUGGAAUUGCAGUGCUUGUCAUUGGGACACUGCCACCAAUUGAGAGAGAUCCCCGACUCAAUUGGGCAGUUGAAAUUGUUGACUCAACUGGAUUUACCUGAAUCGAUAGAAAAUUUGAAAAAUUUGGAAGUUCUGGAUAUUGAUCAUAGUAACAUAGAAAAGCUACCAGAUGGUAUUGGAAGGUUGAAAAAGCUCUGAGAGUUAUAUGCUUGAUGGUGCUCAAAAUUGGGACGGGACUGUCCAAGAAUCUGUAAUCUUUCUUCUUUAAAUCUAGUGUAUUGGUUUAAUUUAAUGCCCAACAACAAUCUAGAAUUCUUUUGGAAAUUUUUUUCAAAAUGAGUCGUUUGUGGUUCAGGUUUGCGUCUUCAUGCUGAAGUAGAAGCUUUACUGUCAUUUCUGGUCUCUAUUCAAGCUCUCAUGGUGAUGAUACUGUUGUCUGCGCAGCUUCCUUUAAUAGCUCUCUGUCUGCUUCUGAUGCUUGGAAGAUUAUUAGAAGCAGUGUUGAAUCACUUGGUGAUUCCUAAUGUCUAGAAACAAAGUUUAUAUUGUAUCAGCAAGUGCAUUCAUAUGAAUUCUCACUCGUUAAACUUCCUACUUCUGGUGACAAGUUUUAGAGCUGCGCUUCAUUAGUAAAGCUAGUGGAUGUUGUCCUGGUGAUUCUCGGGUUAAGAAAGAACUAAAACGGUUCUUAUUUUUGCAAAGUUGCUCUAAAAGUGGCACGGAGUGGAUGUUUCUACUACAUCUGGAAGUCUCAGAGUAAGGCUUUUCAAUUAUUCCAGUUGAAAAUUGUGAUGUAAGGAUUAUAUAAGUUCGCUACUAAAACCAGAUAUGAAAAUGUUUUGGGUAUGA